AUGGGCAGUGGACAAAACAACAAUGAAAGGAACUUUAACAAGAUAGUUAGUAGACAAAGCACAGGUGUACCACCUUGGUUGUCCAAGUCCACAUCUCCACUGCAUGUGCAUCUUCUUGUAGGUGAUGUGCCUUUCACUUUGGACAGAGAACUUUUGGCUGCAAGAUCGGCCAAAAUAGCAGCCUUAAUCAGAGUGAAUUCCCAGGAAGAUCUUUCUCAUUCCCUUGGAGACAUCCCACCUGAACCAAAGACUUUUGAGCUUGUUGCAAGAUUCUGCUAUGGCCUUGAAGUGCACAUGUCCUCUAAGAAUGUUGUACCGCUCAUUUGUUUUGCUCACUACUUGAUGAUGACUGAAAAUCACAGCAGAAAUAAUCUUUUAAGCAAGGCCCUUGCUUUCUUUGAAAAAAGGGUACUCCCUAGCUGGAAUGAAACCAUUAAGGCUCUCCGUACCAUGGAAAAUAUCUUUCAAGAAGCAGUCAAUUUUGGCUUAGUAGAUGCCUGUUCAGAGUCGAUAAUUGACAAGGCAUUGGUUGAUCCUAGCCUUCUUGGUGAACCAAUUAAGGAUGAUGAAAAUGUCUAUAGGCCAAAUGCAAGGAGAAGGCUCUUUGAUCCUGAAGGGCAACCGGAUGAUUUGACAAUGCUACCCCUCCAACUCUAUGAGCCGAUCAUGCUCGAAAUGAGUAAGCGUGGAGCCCCAUCAAUGUAUGUUGCUGCAUCUCUUUGUACAUAUGCAAGGAAGUGGGUUUUUCCCAUGUCCAAAGGGUCGGAAAAAAUGUCCACCAACGAGAGGAAUUCUUCAGGGGAAGUCAUUGAAGCUGUGGAGAUGCUUUUAUCUCAUGAGAGAGGACUCCUUCCAUGCAAUUUAUUGUUUGACAUGCUGCAAUCUGCAAUAAUUUUGGGAGCCAACCCUCAUUGCAUAUAUGGUUUCGAGGCCAGGAUUGGAAAACAGCUAGAGGAGGCGACUGCCAAAGACCUCUUGAUACCUUGUCAGUUUGAUACAGAGUGUGUGAGGAGAAUACUGAAAAUUUUCUAUGGAAAUUACACUUCUUCUGACAUAUCAGGGUUAAUCACAGUGGCAGAACUCCUUGAAGAUUUCCUGGCAAUGGCUGCAAGCGAAAAAGAUUUGAAGCUCGAGGCAUUUGUUUCAUUAGGAGAAAUAUCAAGUGCAGCAUCAUUAGGAGCCCAGAGAAGCUCUGAUGGAAUAUACAGAGCUGUUGAUAUCUACUUGGACCAACAUAGAUAUCUGACAGAGUCUGAGAGAGAGGAAGUGUGCCGGGUUUUGGAGUGCCAAAAGAUGUCCCUUGAAGCCUGUGAACAUGCAGCCAAAAAUGAAAGAUUGCCAUUAAGGGUGGUGGUGCAGGUUUUGUUCGCCGGGAAGUUGCAACUGAACGACACGAUCACGAAGGAUUCUGAUGACAGAUUGGGAAAGGAGGAGGCAGCAGGGAAUGAGGAUGUAGCGAAGGUGGACUGUGGUGGGCAACAAGUAAGGAGUGAGAUGAAGAACAUGUGCAGCAAGGUGAUGGGGCUUGAGAGGGAAUGCCAUAUGAUGAGGAAAGAGAUUGGGAGUGGUUCCAGCAGGAAUGUGAAAAAAGAGAAGGUUAGCAUGUGGAGAGAUAUGAAGAGGAAGUUCGGCUGCAUCAGUCAUGACAUGCACGACUUAAACUGCCAAACAAAGAAGAAGAACAUGUAG